AUGGAUUCAUCAGAAGCUUCGUCGACCUCUAAAUCGACCGACUGGAGCCGUCGUCGAAGGGAGUCAGAUGAAGAGUACAAAGAUAUCAGCUAUUACGAUCUGACUCCCCCAGGCGAGACUAUUUCGGACCCAGAGCCAGAACCCAUCACCAGUGGAAAUGUCCUAUCUGAUACAGAAACAGACAUUACCACCGAUGGUGAUGUCGAGUUGAAAGACCCCAGCAUCGAGCCUCGUGUCGCCGUCAUUGGCGUCGGAUAUGUCGGCGAGCACCUCGUCGAUGUCUUUUCUCGUCGCUUCAACGUUAUCGGUUUUGACGUCUCCGAAUCUCGCGUCAAAGCCCUCUCUCCCAAGUACGCACAAAACGACAGAGUACAACUCACGUCGUCCUCGUCAAGACUCUCUGGUGCCAGCCACUUCCUCAUCUCAGUUCCGACGCUUUUGCGCCCGGACAAUACAGUGGACACUUCUUAUCUGCGAAGUGCUUUAGACACUGUUGAAAAGUACGCCAGUGCUGGUUGCACUGUCGUUUUUGAAAGCUCCGUCGCCGUUGGCAUGACGAGAAAGCUCCUCGGACCCGUCGCUAAGAGGAUGGGCUUAUUUGCAGGAAUGUCACCUGAACGUGUUGAUCCUGGUCGCGUUGAGCCCGCGGCCUAUGAGAUCCCCAAGGUGAUUUCUGGCCUGGAGGACGUCGUCCCCGGCUCGUUGGCUGCCAUAUCGGAACUGUACUCUGCAGUUUAUGACAAAGUUGUCACCGUCUCUCAACCUGAAGUCGCGGAGAUGACCAAGCUGUAUGAGAACUGUCAGCGGAUGAUGUGCAUUGCCUUUGCCAAUGAGAUGGCCAAUGCCUGUACCCCCUUUGGUAUUGACCCUUACGAGGUCUAUCGUGCCGCCGCCACAAAGCCGUUUGGCUACAUGUCUUACUCCCCUGGGCUUGGUGUCGGAGGCCACUGCAUCCCCGUCAACCCAUAUUAUUUGCUGUCUACCAGUGAAUUCCCGCUGCUCAAGGCGGCCACAGAAAAGAUGAAUGCCCGUCCCGCAGAAAUUGGACAGAAUGCCAUCAAGCUUCUGUCUGAGGGGCCAAUCAAGGGAGUCCUACCCCAUGUUCUUGUUGUGGGCAUGGGCUUUAAGCGCGGCCAAUCUCAUCUGGUCAACUCACCUGGCCUUGAGCUCGCCAAAAGUCUGGUUCUAUCGGAAAAGGUCGCCGUCUCCUUCGCCGAUCCUCUCGUGGGACAAGAGGCAGUGCCUCAGAUCCCGCGGUUGGAUGAGAAGAACUGGUCUGCCGAAUAUUUGGAGCAGAACUUUGACAUGAUCAUCGUGGCCUUCAAGCCAGAAGGCCUUGACUUUGGUCUCGUUGAUAAGCUUACUGGCGUGCGGGUUCAAAUGUGGUGUGUUUAG